CAAGACCACGCCGUUCUGAAGAUGAAGGUUGCAGUGUUACUUUGCCUCUUUGGGUUGUCGGUUGCUGUACCAAUGAUCAGACAACCAGCAAGGGAGAUCCUAGGGUCACUGAACCGAAUUUCACACCCAAUGGACGAGCAAGAAACGCGCAUUGUCGGUGGUCAGACCGCCAGUACGGGGGAGUGGCCAUGGCAGGUGUCUCUUCAGAUCGGGACCUCUCACAUCUGUGGCGGAUCCUUGAUUUCUGCCAACCGAGUCUUAACGGCUGCCCACUGUGUCGAAGCAUACAGCAACAGACCGACAACAUACGUAGUGGAGGCUGGUAUCACACGAGUCAGUGAAAACGGAGAAAGAAGAACCGUGUCAAGAGUCAACUUGCAUCCUCAAUACAGUGGAUCGAGUGCCGGUUACCCGAAUGACAUUGCGGUUCUGGAGCUGAGUUCAGCUUUUCCUCUUGGUUCCAAUAUCGCCUUAGCGACCCUGCCCUCAAGCAAUGAGGACUUCCUUAGCGAGCCUCAAAACUGUUGGAUGACCGGCUGGGGCCGAACUAAUGUCGGAACAUCUGGAUCAACAUCUAAUUCUCUGAUGGAAGCACAGAUUAGAAACAUCGGAAAUACCGAAUGUGCAAAUAGAUGGAGUGGAAUCAACGGAGCCAGCAUUUUCAAUAGCCACAUCUGUCUGUAUGAAGAGGGGAAAUCAGCUUGCAGUGGUGACAGUGGUGGACCUUAUGUGUGCGAGAAGAACGGAGAAUGGAGACUUGCCGGAGUGACGUCAUGGGGAAUCAGCACGUGUUCGGGUAGCUAUCCUAGUGUGUAUACCCGGGUGUCUAGUUACCGCAGCUGGAUCUCUAACUAUUUGAAACGUCGUUCCAUAGAAACCCAGCUCAUUUUAUCCAUCAGUGACUUAGCUAGGAGUUUGGAUAUAGGGGAACAAGUAGACUGCGCGGCUACAAAGCCAACCAUUUACCAGCCUGCAAAAGAAAUACUUCGUGGCAUGGCUUUGAAACCAGAAUUUCCGGACGACCUCCAUCGUAUUGUAAACGGACAGGAGGCUUCCCCCGGGGAGUGGCCGUGGCAGGUGUCCCUCCAGUACCGUCAGUUCUCGUUCAUGCAGUUCUCUCACAUUUGUGGAGGAUCCCUCAUCAGACCAAACUGGGUUCUGACCGCUGCCCACUGUGUCGAUGGAAUGUCACGUUCAAACUUGCGCAUUGAAGCUGGAAUCGACAAAGUUUCUGAAAAUGGUGCUACCAGAUCCAUCAGCAGAGUCAUAAUGCAUCCCCAGUACUCUUCCUCCAGUGGGGGUUACCCUAACGACAUAGCCUUGUUGGAACUCUCUUCAUCCUUCACUGUUGGCGGGGAUAUCCAGCUUGCCAAUCUACCUACAAAUGCUAAUGAAGAUUUCACCUACAUUGCUGAUUGCUUUAUCACAGGCUGGGGAAGAACUUCAGGAGGUGGAUCUGUCUCUGAUAUCCUUAUGGAGGCCCAAAUGACAAAUAUCGCAAAUACUGAAUGUGCGAACCUCUGGUCAAACGUCAAUGGUGCCGCCAUUUUUGACUCCCACAUCUGUCCAUACGAAUCCAACAAAUCUGCCUGCAAUGGAGACAGUGGUGGUCCCUAUGUUUGCAAAAAGAAUGGUGAUUAUAUGUUGGCUGGAGUGACGUCGUGGGGCAUUAGCACGUGCGAUGGAUCGUACCCGAGUGUUUACACCAGGGUGUCCAAGUAUUUGGACUGGAUGGCAAACUACAUCUAA